GUUGUCAUGACGCAUGCGCCAUAAGCAAUUACAGCCACACCAAAAAAGUACAUUUAAAUGAAUCACAUGUUACAAUACAGCAAUUGACUGAAAGGUUCAUUAAACACCGUAAAGUGAUAUCAGUACUAUCUGGUGUGUUAUGACAAGCCCCUUUACAUAAUGCACUACUCGAAAAUCUGCUUUGGAAUGCCUAGAUAAGUGCAAUUAAAAACUAUAACCAAAUGUCUACAGAUUGCUACAAAUUUUGACUACCAUACCUGUUUCCACUGUUACCCCAAAAAGGUCUUUUUCAAGCCUAUGGAGACUGAAAAACUAUUUGCGAAACACAAGGAGUGAAAACAGACUGAACGGUUUGGCCCUUAUGAACACUCACUAAGAGACUGAAAUUGAUGCCGACGAAGUAGUGGAUAUAUUUAAAAAGAAAAACAGACAAUUAAUUUCAUAAUAUUAUACUUGAUCAAAACUUUGGGGUAGAUGAUGGCAGUGUACGCUACCUUGCUGCUCCAAACAAGUUGGAAGGGUUCAGAAACGUCGCAGGACCCAACGUCAACCAGUCUACACCAAAGAUGGAAUUUUCAUCAAGACGGGAAGGGAUGUAUGCGAUUGUUCCGAAGAAACCUGUCCAGGAUGUUUCUUUCCCUGCAGCAGAUGCAAAUCACAAAAGUGUGGACCUGUCUGUCGUAACGGUAGGAUGUACUGCUAUGAGAUCGUGAAGGAAGAGUUCUUGUAUUAAGAAUAUCUAAAGCUAUGAAUGUAUCAGGCGUUGUCACCUUGAAGAGAGCUUUUUGUUAAUAUAUGAUUAAAGUUUCACAAA